GGGUUGGGUCGAUCGGGUGCCGCAAAUUCAAUCCGCUAUGGGGGUGUGUUCCACACAUCUAGCGUAGCAUCCGUCGUUCCGGCGAUGGGGAUGGCAAUUCAACGCAUAUGAACCGUGGCCCCGCCUUGUGGCGCGUCACAGGGCCGUGAUACCGUCUCCGGAAAGUCACCCCAUUGACCUGCGAGAGAUCUAGAUGCCGUGCCCUCCCGCUGCGCCGGCAUCGAGGUACUGCACAGUUCUUUAAGUACAAUGCAUCGAUGGCUGUGCGGUGCAGGGUGCCGAGUAUUUAUGCCUUCGCGAUCGUUGUGUACUUUAGUUCCAUUUCGAGUGCUUUCCCCUCAGUCAUUAUCCCCAUACGAUACGGUGGGAUCGCCAGUACGCGUAGGGUGCGAGGUCGAGCUUCCGGAUUUGGCCGACAUGUUGUAACUUGUACUUGACUACCCAGACUUCGUGUGGUUUUCGACUCGUUGCCUAGACUUCGUUGUGCUUCAGGUUCUUCGUGACUGCGGACCUGUGAAUUACUAGCGCUGGGCAGAAGGCGGUGUGAAUGGCUGGAAAGAGUGGACAAUUGUAGAUGCAAGGAAGCUUGUAAGCUUGUUCAGCACUGUGCUGCAUCAUCCUCUGCGACAGCGGAAUCAACGAGAUUUUUGAUCGAUUGUAUAGUUACUCUUGGAGCUUGUGAGCACGAACACUUGUGCUGAUUGCGAAAGGAAAAUUAGUAGGGGAGGAUGUCAAUUUAUCAAGGAGGUUUGGUGGCUGCCUUGUUGGCCGUGGCCAUCUCAUUGACGUGCUUAAGCAGCCAUGCAGAGGCUCAAGGGCUUGCCGUCGGCUAUUACACUAACUCCUGUCCCACGGUAGAAACCAUAAUUUAUAAUUCAAUGUGGGAUUCGUACACUCGGGACCCUACAACCGCUCCUGGCGUUUUGCGCCUCGCAUUUCAUGACUGCUUCGUUCGUGGCUGUGAUGCUUCGGUGUUGCUAGACGGAGUAGAUUCGGAGAAAGCGGCGGCAGUCAAUGUGAACCUGCAUGGAUUUGACGCUAUAGAUGCGGCUAAAACAGCGGUGGAGGAUGCAUGCCCAGGAACUGUUUCCUGCGCCGAUAUCUUGCAGUACGCAGCUCGUGAUAGUGUCUUGCUGACCGGAGGUGAGGGCUGGGAUGUGUCUGGUGGGAGGAGGGAUGGAUUUACAUCAAGUUCUGCAGAUCCCCCUCUAGAGCUGCCUCUCCAAACCAUGACAGUGCCCGAGCUUCUUGCUAAUUUCGCGGCCAAGAACUUGAACGCUGCACACAUGGUCGCCCUGUCGGGCAGUCACUCAAUCGGUGUUGCUCACUGCCAAUUCAUCGUUGAUCGUCUAUACAAUUAUCCCAACAGUGCAACAGGAUCCGACCCUUCCCUUCCAGCCGACCUCUUAGAAUUCCUUAAGACACAGUGUCCUGACUCCGCCGCAACUCCCGAAAUCAACAUUGACGAGGUCUCCCCAGGCACCUUUGACUCCCAAUACUUCGAUAACAUCAUCAGGAACAGGGGGGUGAUAGCAUCCGAUCAGCACCUGAUGGACCACACCUCCACCCAGGGCGAAGUGGCGGCCAACAAUGGACCCGCUUUCGGCGGCAAUUUUGGUAGGGCAAUGGUGGUUAUGGCUCGGUUCAAUGUUUUAACUGGAUCUGCCGGUCAGAUUCGUACCAAUUGCCGACAAGUUAAUUAGAUCGACCACAGAUUAGCAUCACGUCAGUUGCCUGAACACUGGAACAUCCCAGGCAAUGCAGGCAUGUUGGAACAAUCAGUAUAUAAAACUGUAUAAACAGCUAGAAAGUGUACCAUGAUUGUUGGAGGCUCAGCAUGAGCGUCAUUCUUGUCGUUCAAAAUAAAAGUGGAGUGAAUUGUCUCAAACAGACAAGGUUUUCA